CGACCUGCACACGCACACCUCGCGCCCUUCGUUACGCGAUAUGACGGUAUAAAGCGCUUUCUGACGCGUUCAGCAGCUCAGCAGUUCAGCUUGCUUGAGGGCACUUGCUUUGUUGUGCGGAGAGAGUCGCGCGACCCCCGCUCGAAACAUGUCCGUCAUUCUGUGUACCGCUGGGUACGAUCAUACCAUCCGCUUCUGGGAAGCCCUUUCGGGCAUCUGCUCACGCACCAUCCCCCAUCCCGAUUCCCAGGUCAACCGCCUCUGCAUCUCGCCCGACAAGCGCUUCCUCGCCGCCGCCGGCCACCAUACCGUCAAGCUCUAUGAGAUCAAGUCCACGAACCCGAACCCCGUCCUUACUUUCGAAGGCCACACGUCGAACAUCACCGGCGUCGCCUUCCACUGUGAGGGCAAAUGGAUGGUGACCAGCUCAGAGGACGGCACCGUCAAGAUCUGGGACACCCGCUCGGGCAGUGUCCAGCGGAACUACACCCACGGCGUCCCUGUGAAUGAUGUAGUCAUCCACCCAAACCAGGGCGAAUUGAUCAGCUGCGACCGUGGAGGCAAUGUUCGCAUUUGGGACCUCGGCGAGAACAAGUGCUCGCAUCAGCUCAUUCCAGAGGAUGACGUUUCGGUUGCGAGCGUCACCGUUGCUAGUGAUGGCACCAUGCUGUGUGCUGGAAACAAUGCGGGCAAUGUCUAUGUCUGGCGCAUGAUCCAGCGCGCCGACGUUACCUCUCUCGUCCCCGUCUGCAAAUUCGUCGCCCAUCAGACCUAUAUCACGAGGGUCCUACUCUCCCCGGAUGUCCGCCACCUAGCUACCUGCUCCGCCGACCACACAGCCCGCAUCUGGUCCGUCGACACCUCGCAGCCGCACAACGUCACGCCGCAAGACCAGCUUCCCAGCGCCGCAGACCGCGAUCCGAAUGCCUUCCCGCUUGAGACGACGCUGCAUGGCCAUCAGCGAUGGGUUUGGGACUGCGCUUUUAGCGCCGACUCUGCCUACCUGGUGACUGCUUGCUCCGACCAUUACGCCCGUCUCUGGGAGCUCAACAGCCAGUCUAUCAUUCGCCAGUACAAUGGCCAUCACAGAGGUGCCGUUUGCGUCGCGCUCAAUGACACGGCCGUGGGCAACUAAACAGACGAAGAUGCAACCAAUGUACCUGUUAUGCAUCAGCAUUGGCGUUAGACCCUGGUCUGCGACUGCCCUGCCGGGGGCGCGUUAGGGGUUUGGGUGUUCUGGCAGUUUGGCAAGGCUUAUUGGGCACUGCCGAUUGGCUCUGGGCGCGUUGGGGUUAGCAAGGGACGGGUAAGGGGCGCAAAUGCACUCCCCUGGCAAUUGAAGGACGGUGAAUUGGAGGUCCGAAAAGUGGGAGCGAGAGGAAUUCAUCAAUGGGAGAUGUUCCUGGUGUUAUGGAAGAGAAAAGAGAAAGGUCUUGACUAACAUUCCUGCAACCGAGGACUGGAUUAUCGGUGCUCAUCGACUAACGAACUGCACUAUUAUCUUCAUGAGACUGCAUGCAGAGAUGCCGCUUAUGUGAAUGUUAUGAAUCCAAGGUUAGUUCCUUCCGGUCUCGGUCCAAA